CGACUGGGUAUGACACUGCGACAAAAUGGCGGAAGAAGUUGAAUUUGUAAGCGAUGAAGAUGUCCCAUAUUUUAAGAAAUGUGGGUUUCGACCGACAGAUGACACACCAGUCAGUGGAUCAACACUGUUUGGUUUUCAUACUCCCAAGCGUCGUGGUGCUUUGGCUGAAGCUGCAAUGUCAGCAAUUCACAACAAAACUCCAAUUCACCAUACUCAGAGCACACAGCCAAAUGACAGAAGGAAAACUCUGAAGAGCAACAAGAAAAGCAAAGGUGCUGAAAAGGUUGUUGCAUCGUCAAAUAUUGAGAAGGAAAACCCAGCAACUGGAACUCAAGAUGAAAACAAGAGAAGUAGUUACUCUUUGCGUCAUAGAAGAAAAGCUGUUCUUUUAAAAGGUGUUGAACAUGAAUCUGAUACAGAUGAUAAUGAUUCUGACAGUGGAUCAGGGACUGUUGAUGAAACACCAACAAGAGUUUACAAGAAAGGCACCAAAGGAAAUUCAAACCAGCUGGAAGAUGCUCAUGAAGAGUUCUUUGAGCAACAAAGCUCUAAGUGUAUCACGUCUGAUCAUACACUCUCCAAACUGAAUAUGCCACGAAUGGAUCAACAAAAACUGUUGUCGCAUUUAAAUCAAGUAUCCAGCUCACACCCUAAGGAAAGAUUUGAGUUGUAUCACAAAUUGCAAGGUCUGUUUGACAAGUGGAUAUUCCAUUUAAGAAAUGGAUUCAACAUUCUUCUCUAUGGCCUUGGAUCCAAAAGAGUUCUCCUUGAUCAAUUCCGUUCAUCUAAACUUUCUUCAAGUGUUCAAGUUGUUGUUAAUGGAUUUUUCCCCAGUCUCACCAUAAAAAAUGUUCUAAACAUUUUAACUGAAGAGGUUCUUAUGUAUGAUGGAUCUUUCAAGAGUGUGACAGAUCAGUGUGACUACAUAAAACAGAACCUUUGCAGUGACAAAUGUUCAGAGGAGAUUUUUCUGGUUAUUCAUAAUAUUGAUGGCUCCAUGUUAAGAUCCAAAAAGACUCAGACAAUUCUGAGCCUUCUUGCAGAGGUGGAUACUCUUCAUAUCAUUGCUAGUAUUGAUCACAUCAAUGCACCUCUAAUCUGGAAUCAUACUCAGCUGAGCCGUUUUAACUGGUCCUGGUUUGAUGUUACAUCCUUUGAACCAUAUAGGGAAGAGACAUCAUAUGAAAACUCACUGCUGGUCCAGCACACAGGGGCUCUGGCACUUAGUUCGUUAGUUCAUGUGUUCCGUAGUUUGACUCCUAAUGCCCGUGGUAUCUUUAUCUUAAUAGCACAGCAUCAGCUUGAUGAAAAGGAUAACAGUAGUUAUAUUGGGCUGUCAUUUAAUUCUUGUUACUCCAAAUGCCGUGAACAGUUCCUUGUAAACAGUGACUCAACACUGAAAGCUCAACUGAUAGAAUUUCGUGAUCACAAACUUAUAACUUCCAAGAAGGGUGCUGAUGGUGUAGAAUAUUUGUAUAUCCCAGUUGACCCAGCAACAUUGAAGCAGUUUGUAGAAGAUCAACAGAACAACAACUUGUGACAAGAAUGUCUUGAAACUAUAGUGAAAUGCCAAAUACUUGUCACAAUGAAUAUGUAUUAGAAUUGUACAUGAAUUUAAAAGUCGUGGUGCUCAUAGAAUAUUAUUUUUGGAACAAUAAAGGACAAAUUUGAUCAA